CCCUCGGUCUCUCCCUCCCUCCCUCCCUCUCGCUCGUGGCCACGACUGGGCGACUGCCUCCGCCGCAUUUCGCUAGGCGCCACACGGCCCUUGGCCGGCGACGAGCACCCACAGAAAAAAGUGUUGCUCCUACGACUAGUUCUUUUUAUGUGUAACCUUCAAUGAAGGAUUCUCAGGAUAUUCAGAGCACGACAGAGUUGCAGUCACCAGUGCAAGGUACUAAUGAAGUGCAAAGUCAGCAACCAAACUCAAUGGCCGCUGAUGCUCCUGCUGGAAAUUCGGGUUCCUUGUCUGUAGCUAGUAAUGACAAUAAGAAGGUGUCUCGCGAAGAUAUUGAACUUGUAAGCUUUCUAGCUAUCUAGUGGCAUCCCUUCUAGGGUAGACCCAGUGCCUGAGGCUCCCACAUGAGUGGUGUCUGGGGAAGGGAUAAACCGAGGCAGGCUUUUCCCUUGCAAAUGCGGAGAGGCUGCUUCGAACCCGCAACCUGGUUCAGAAUUUGAUAGAGCGUUGUCUACAGCUCUACAUGAACAAAGGAGAAGUUGUUAGAACUCUUUCUACUCGUGCUAGAAUAGAACCUGGCUUCACUACUUUAGUAUGGCAGAAACUUGAAGAAGAAAACUCCGAGUUCUUUAGGGCUUACUAUAUACGGUUGAAGUUGAAAAGGCAGAUCAUCUUGUUCAAUCAUUUAUUGCAACACCAGUACAAUUUGAUGAAAUAUCCAGCACCUCCGAAUAUUCCAUUGGCUCCAAUACAAAAUGGAAUUCAUCAUAUGCCAGUUAGCAAUUUACCAAUGGGGUAUCCAGUACUUCAGCAGCCUAUCAUGCCUGCUCCCGGCCAGCCUCACAUGGAUCCAAUGGCCUGCGGUCUGUCCAGUGGUCAUGUGGUUAAUGGAAUACCUGCACCAGGUGGUUAUCAUCCCAUGCGCAUGAACUCCGGAAAUGACAUGGUUUUGGACAAUGGAGCGCCUGAAGCACCACAUGCUGGUGCUACCGGUAGUGCUAUGUCAUCUGAGAUGGCUGUGAGUCCCUCGUCGGCGGCUUCAAGCAACCAUGCUCCUUUUACGCCGUCAGAUAUACCAGGCAUGACCAUGGAUGUAUCGGCCCUAGACUCGGCAUUUGGGUGUGAUGUGGGGAAUCCUGAAUCUCUGCAAUUGGGACCAGAUGGGUCGUCAAGAGACUCUAUUAGAUCCUUAGGGCAGCUCUGGAAUUUCAGCCUCUCUGAUCUAACAGCGGAUUUGACGAGUUUGGGAGCAGAUCUGGACGUGCUGGAGAACUACACUGGCACCCCUUUCCUGCCAUCGGAUUCGGACAUUUUGCUUGAUUCCCCAGACCAAGAUGAUAUAGUCGAGUAUUUUGCUGACGCCAUCAACGGGUCUCCGUCAGACGAAGAGAAACCGUAGUUUUUCCGGGGUUGCAUGGCAUGCAUUCAGGUUCAUCAUCAGGCAGGGCUGUCAUCUCAUCUCAUGUAGUGUAAAGCAGCCAAUCUAACUGUGUAUUCGGCUCGCGCGCGGUGAUCCGGUAAUCGGGCCUCUGCCACUAAAAAGAAUUUUGUAGCGGUUAAUUGAAAUCCUAAUUCUUUGGAAUAAGUAGCUGGGACUGGAAUGUCCAGAGAGUAGCGGUCGUUGUUGGCUUAGGGAUUGCUGCUGGUGGAUGCAAACCUCACAGCUAGCUGGUGACUCUGAAACCACAGGAACUCCUUUUCUUUUUCUUUUUACUUGUAUCUGUAUUUGCUGCUACAUAAGUAAACAGAAGUGGGGUGUACCUAGUUUUCUGGUU